CGUGGGGUGUGUUUCAUUCUCAGGCGCUUGCUCCGAACCGAUAAUCUCGGCGUGAGAAACGCGUCGUCGUUCCGUCCGCUUGAAAUUCAAAUAUUUAUAGUCGUAUAUUUGUAUUAAAAUAUAAACGCCCGCUUACUUAUGCGUUUUUUGUGAGAUCGCUGACAGUUCAUAAUAGGGCGUGAAGAUAAAAUAAAUUUGUGAGCAAUUUAAAUAAAAAUCAGGCCGCAAAAUGAGCCCAAAAAUGAUUGCGAUCGUUUGUUCUCUCCUGCUCCUGUGCACCUUGACCCGCGUCCUGUCGGCGGCGACCACAGUGCGUCCCUACAAGUUCGGCUUCACCAUCGACGAGCAGCAGCAUCGGGCGGAGAAGAGAGAUGAACGCGGCAUUAUCAUGGGCGAGUUUGGGUUCAUCACCGCCGAUGGAAUAUACCACGUGACGGUCUAUGCCACCGACGAGGAGGGCAAGUUCCGCAUUAUCUCAAUGAAGAGCUAUCCCUACGCAGGUCCAGUCGGCCAAAAAACCCUGCCUGUGGCAACGACUCCAAAGGCCCUGCCACUUCCGGCGGCUGUGCCCAGGAAUACCUUCAACACGGAGGGAUGUGCCGGCUGCUUCCUGAAGAAGUCCCCUCCCAAAACGGAGAUUCGCACUCUUUCCCAGCCAUUGGCGCCGGCGCAAACAGGUAAGCCCGAGGGCUCUCCGGACUACGGCCUGAACGUGCAGUUGCCCUUCCGCGACUCCAUUGCCCAAACUGUGGCAAAGCGUCUUGGCUUGGACCAAGAUACACAGCAAAGCACCAACACUUACACGAAUGCACCAAACACUAAACACAUCGAACUUGGUCUCAACUUAGCCAUGAACACUUACUACACAACCAAGGGCGCUGUGACCGGACAUGUGAGCACUCAGACCUCCAAUUCGCAAUCGUCGAGUGGCAAUAAAAAGAUCGACUUCAAUGUGGGCGUGGUCGACAAGGCUGGACCGCCGGUGUAUCCGCCAUUGAACAUCCAACUGGACGAGGCUGCAGUAAGGGAAGCCAUCACGUAUGCAGGCCAGAUCACAGGUCCUGUGGCCCUGGCGAAACAGCCACUGGUUGCCCCCGCAUCGGUGCCCGCCAGUCAAGUGAAAAUCUUUGCUGUUGAGGGCCAAGCCAGUCUUCCGAUCGCCAGCUACAUUCAAUCCGUAGCACAAAGCCCGAGUGCAGACAUUAGAAAGGUCCUUCGAUCGGGAGUUGCCUCUGCGAAAACAGUGACGCGUUCGAAGGCACAGCCCACACUCACACAGAACCCACACCAAGCACUUCUCUUGAAUUCGGCAACCAUUGCGGGAAUUUCCGGAGUAUCAGCCAAUCCACAAGCCGGAAGUUCAGCAAGCGGUGGAAGCUUCUCGGCAGGAAAGGCCCCUGCGGGAGGAUCUGGAUCUGGAGGAUCACCAACUGGAGCAUCUGGCGGUGUUUUCGGCGUAGGAGGUUCAGGAGGGAGUAAGGCAUCAGGAGGUUCAGCUGGAGGAAGUCCUCUAGGAUCUGGAUUGGGAGUAGCUGGAGGCAGGAAACCAUCGGAACCUGUGGGAAGCUCGACAGGAUCUGGACUUGGAGGAGUAGGUGGCAGUAGCUCGUCAGGAUCUAGGCUGGGAGGAGUCGGUGGUGCGAGCUCGUCAGGAUCCGGACUUGGAGGAGUCGGUGGUGCGAGCUCGUCAGGAUCCGGACUUGGAGGAGUCAGUUCCGGAAGCAAAGCCUCAGGGCUAGGCGGAGGAAUUGGUUCCGGAAGCGCAAGUGCCGCUGGUGCCACGGGGGACCUGUACAAAUUCAAAUACAUCCUGGACUACAACGGGCACGAGGAGACCGGCGGUCGCAAUGGUGACAAGCAGGGCAGCUACUUCGCCAUCGGCGAGGAUGCAGUGCAGCGGACCAUCGAGUACAUUGCGAACGAGUUUGGAUUCCAGCCGCACGUUAGCUGGCGGAAGUUGGACGCCAAGGAGGCGCUGCCCGAGGAGAACUCGCUGAAACACUACGAGUUCAAGUGGUUCAAUCAGGAGCAGUAGCCGGUGAUUCUGCAGCGGAUUAGUCCAAGUUUAGGGUAGCCACCUCUUUCCCCCUUGCUGUACAUAACAAAUCUUGUUAAUAUUCUCCAAUAAAAACACGUUUAA